UAACGCGAUCAACGAAGGGUUAAUAAGAAAAGUUCAUUUAAAUGCUAACAAAAAUUGUAUUUCAAAUACACAAUACGUCAAUAAUUUAUUUCUUUGUCUAUUUUUUUAUUAAAAGUUUGUAUUUGAAGUAUGAAUGAUUUUUGUUUCAAUAUUUUGUUGUUGUAUUCAAUUAAAAUCUCUUCUGUUAAAAUAAUCAUCCUUUGAAAACAUGGAGUCUUUUUCACAUCUCGUUAAAGUUUCUCUUCCAAAUUAUUUAUCUGAUUUACCGAUUCCAAAUUCUAUAGGAGGAUGGUUCAAACUUGGAGUUAAAGAUUGGCUAUCUUUAAUUCCACCUACUGCUAUACUAGCUGGGGUUGGUUAUAUGUCUUAUUAUACUUUUUGUCCUAAUGCUAAAAAAAAUAUUAAAACAUCUAUAAACUACAAAAUAAAAAAAGAUUCUAAAAAAGUUGUGGAUACAGUUGAUGUUGAGGAUAUUGCUGAAAAAGCUGUUUUCUGUCGUUGUUGGAAAAGUGAAAACUGGCCUUACUGUGACGGUUCUCAUGGACGACAUAACGAAGCUACAUGUGAUAAUAUAGGUCCACUUAUUAUAACGAAAAACAAGUAAUUUCUAAGAUGUAAAAAAAUUAUAAAGUGAUCCAGUAUUUUUUAUUGUUAUUGUUGGCCGUGUAGUAAAGUUUAUUAGUAUACAGGAUUGAUGAAUCAUGUUUUUUAUUAAAAUAUGUGAAUUAAAUGAUAAAUAAAAUAUCGACAUAUA